UGGGCCCAACGUAAUCCAAAAGUCGCAGCCCGAUUGUGCUGGUGAAGCCCAAUAUAUCCUGUCUUUUCGCUAUCAGAAUGUACAACCCAUCAGACUCCUUUUUAGGCCCAUGAUCACUCUCAGGCUCAGCCCACUUCCAAGUUGCAGUCCACUUUGUUGAUUAGUGAGGCCCAAGGUAAGCCCGAUCGGAGUCUUCUCUCGGCCCACCCGGAGCGUUGCAGUGUUCAGUUGGUCACGCCAGCAUAAUUGGCCAUUCCCCACCAACCUACCCGCUUCACUCGGCCCAUCACAAAAACCGGCUCAACCUUCUUCGCUGAACUAGGCUCGACACAGCUGUGCUGUGCGAAUUGAGGUGGAGUUAGGGUUUGGGCGAAGAAUGUCGCCGCCGCCGACCUCCCUCUUCGUCUCACUCGUCAGCACAUCCUUCUCCGGCGACUCCUUUCCCAGCGACGCGAGUAACAGCUCACCGACACUGAUCUCCUUCUUCUCUCUAUUCUCCUUUCCUGGCGAGUCCCUCCGCGUCGUUUUCUUCUUCGACGGUGGACAGGCCGCUGUCGCCGCAACUAGAGCUUCCGCCAAGCUCGCCAUCUCAUUCCUCCCGACCGUCAUAGUCCUGAAGGGAGCGGCCGUGGAGGUUAAUCCCUGCAACGGCGACAUUGCCGGUGCCGGGAAGCGACCAGAGGUUUCUCCCUCUCGAGCUCCGACCAUAUGAGGAGCCCUACCACUAGAGCAAGAAGUUGGUAUGGCCCAUUUCAUACCUAAUCCCAUGGACAUUUGGAGGUGAAGCCCAUUGACGUGUUUAGUUAACUCUCCAAAUGCCUAUGGACCAUGAGCUCUUGAAAGUCCACUAGCUAAGCCCUCAAUUUCAUCUACCUUCACAAUCAAGCCCACACCAUAUAAAAGAUAUUCAACUAG